GCUGCAACGAAUACUUCUAGUAGCUGGGAAUUUGAAAAUUCAACAUCAAUUACUACAAAUACAACGAUUAUAACACGGCGAAAUACGUCGUGGUUAAAUCCGGUUCCGGGCACCAAUCUGACUGAUUCGUUCGUUGAAGAUGUAUUAAGUACGACGCCAUUACCAGUUCAUAACUUGAUGGGAAUUAAGGACCAGCCGGGCAACGAAACUAAAAACAUUCCAAAUGUUUUAGUUAACAAUAAUACUAUGCUGCAUGUUGCAAAGGAAAAUGGUGUUGCUAAUGCGGCUUUCUUCCAAGCUUUUAUGAGGAAUGGGUCGCUUGGGAAGAAAUUGCCGAAAUCCACUACAACCUUGCGUCCUACAGCGACGACAACUGCCAAGUCAACUACAACCACCAAAAUCACAACAACUUCGAAAGCAACUACACGGAAACCCAAGGAGCAAAUUAGGGUCAAACCAGAGAACGACGAUUUCAUGGAAUCGGUUGGGCUCAAACAACGAAAUUCUUUCAAAAACAAAACGAAUGAAGCCCAGAAACCCAUUCUGGGGUUGAUUGAUCCCAAUAAUAAACUUUUGAGUAUACACGUUAAUCAGCCCAAACUUGUUAGUGCGGAUGUAGAAGUUCCGGGACUUCAAGGAUUGUUGCGAGAAAAUUUGCUUAAACUAAACACAACAUUGUAAAAUGUUGACUUAAGGCUAAAUAGUUGAAGUAAAUUAUUAGGUAUCAUCAUUCUCUUAUGAUCGACAAAACACAAUCGAAUUACAUAUGUAAUCGUCCUCAGUUUUGUAGAAAUUACUUGCAUAGCAAUCUCGUGCAAGCAAUAAUCCAGGGAAAUCAUAAUUUUUAAUCAAUUUUCUUCUCAUAUUUUGAAUUCAUUCAAUACAUCAAUAAGUGAGAGUAGGACAUUCAGAUCAAAUUAGCCUAGAAAUGAAAAAAAUUAAAUAUUUUAUUCAUGUCAUUUUAGCUAGUGCAGACCCUUAAAUAUAUUUUUACGAGAUCGAUUUUCACGAUUUGUAAGUGGAUGGUGAUCAUUGUUAGGUCUAAAGUUGUGUUUGUCUCAGAUAAUAAAUUGGUCACUGAUGCAGUGAUCCAUAAAGGUAGAAGCGUGGCCUGAAAACUGAUCUCGCCACUAGUUG